AUGUCUCAAGAAAUUGGGCCUGUGAUGCUCUGUCACAGCAUGUCACUGGUCAUCACACAUACCAAGGAUUGUGCACCACCAAUACAAAAUCCAGGGAAUAUUCAAGUUCAAGAGCGAUUCCUACCUCUACCAGCCAACGACCUCCACAUCCUCUUGAUUGUCCCCCCUCUACUAGCAUGUUGCAUGGAUAUAUGGGUACCCUCGCUGUACCACCACCAUCUAUCUGCCAUGCCAAAAUCAAAAAGGCCCCAAAAGGAACCAUCUGAGUACGACACAUCAAGCACUCAAUGGUGUCCAGAGUGCAAUAUCACCAUAGGACUGAGCUUCACCGGUGAGAAGAACUGGACCAAACACGUCGAUAGCGCCGCUCAUAAGACGAACGUCUGCAAAGCUGCAGCCAUUCUGACCACAAAAAUCAGUUUGUUUUUCACCAAGAAGGUGACGCCUACCGCCUCCAGUUCAACCAUAAUACCUAUUGGAAUCGAUUCCGACGACUUAGCUGCAUUUUCGGGGAAUCUGGCGGCACUGAUUGGUCCAGAUGACGAGCCUUGGGAAGUUUUAGAUCAAGUACUAAAUUGCCAAGUUCCACAUGUCCCAGAGCCAGCACAGACUGUAGGGCUGUCCCAAGUGUCAUUGAGACCGACUUCUCCCCAGAUAAUCGAAAUCGAAGACGAUACACCCACCACUAGUCUAUCCGAUGCACUGGCCAUGGAAAACCCAGCAAGAAAGGCAAGGAGGUCAAUCCAAUCCCCUCGACUUUCUGCUGCCUUAGGACAGGAGGAUAUCCCUCACAUUCGCAGCUUCAUGGCUGUUCAAACUCAUGCUGGCGCCAGUGUAUUCUCAAUUAUCGAGAAGGUUGAUGACGCGGCUAAGCGAAAGUAUAGCCCGUGCGGAUACAUUCAGCAGGAUUUUGAGCAAGCUUUUUUAAUUUACAAGCUUGGUGGUCGUUCUGCUGCCAAUAUUGCUCAUCGUUCACUUGGGAUACCCUCUAUUGAUGCCACGAAACAACAUAUCACUUCAAAGCCACUACAAGCAUCUCCAGGCUUCCCAACAUUAGCGGAACUUAUGUCGAACUUAGAACAUUGUUAUCCCAAAGCCGGCACACAAGAUUUGACCACUCCCAUUCUUCCAGUAUCUAUGUUGAUAGAUGAGUUAAAGGUUCAAGGACGGCUUCGAUGGGAACCACGAACGGACUACAUCCUCGGUGUUUGUAGAGAGCACAGCCAUCAGUGUGCUCUUGAAUUCCGUUCGCUUAUUCAAGCCGACGCUGUGGCUGAUUGUUUAAGAAACGAGGUUGUUCAUCUAGCCAAAGAGGCGACGGUCAUUGGUGCGAGUAUCUUGACUGAGGAGCCCAGUGAAUAUACAACAAAACCGUUUGCUAUAUCUGGGAGCUGUAAACCCCUCAUCGAAAUUACUUUCAUUGGUGACCUUUCCGUGACUAAUCCCAUCUAUCCUACUUUGUCCAUCCUCACCCUGUUCAACCUUAAAUGUGGUGUUGAUGCUUUAACACUGGAUUUUGACUGGAAACAUGUAUUGAAGAGAUUGCGAAAUAUGGCUGUCCGCUUGAAGGGUUUCAACAUCAAUGGUCAUUCAAUUACUGCUGCGGUUAUCAAGGCCCAUCUCCUUUCAACGGGAAUGUCGCCUGUGUCAGCUGACAGCCUUCUUGUGCCAAAUGACAAGCAAGAUGUCCUCCUCAUGGUCAAGUUGCUCUAUGCAAUUUCAACUCUUCCCCCACCUACUUCUGCAGACAACCCUCUUGUUCAAUCUAUUCGCCAUACCCUUCAGCUUCUCAGACACCUGUACUCAAAUUUACUCAAUGCAUAUCUCGACACCUCACUCUCGCUCCACCAGCAGCUUGUUCAUCUUAGCUGUGUGACACACUUGGUCCUCACGCUCUACAAUCGAGACAAGGGAGAUUUCAUCCCUGUCCAGUCUUAUUUCAACCUCAUGGCUAUGAUCAAGAACGCAUACUUCUGUGUUGCGAAAGCCCAAUGCGACAACCCCAGCGGGAAGUUCUUUCUCAUUCUCUUGGGUACUGACGGUCUCGAGAAGAUUUUUGGGAAGGUACAAAGUAUGGUUGGGAACGACACCAAUGCUGAUGUUCUUCAGCUCGCAAAUCGUAUUGACGGUGCUGUGAAGUGUGUCAACAUCCUUGAACUUCAUCCUGAGUGGGGUGGUGAAGCUCGACGUCUCGGUGUUGGUCCACUUCAAGGGAAUGCAGACAGUAUCUCCAGUAAAUAUGAUCACACCAAUCUGUGGUCUUGGAAGGGUGAUGUUCAUGUGAAUCAAGUUGUACUUGUUGGAUGUUGGAAUGAGGGCCGUCGAAAUGCAGAGCACUGCCUGCUUGAAAGUCUGGAAAACAAGAGUCCAAUACCUUACAUCUCCAUCGACCCAAAGAAUCCAUCGGCAAAGAAGGUCCACAAAUCAUCCGUCCUUUGUCUCUUGUCUGGCCCACUCACAUUCACGGAAUCUCGUGACCGGCUCAAACACAUGCAUGGAUAUUCACGAUACAAUGAGAGCACCAAUUCUAGUGCCCCCGAAUCGCCUUUCGUGCCUAUACCGGAGGAUGACGACAGUCUUUAUCUUCAAGACCCUGCAAUAACUCUUGUCCAAUACGACCAUCAAGGCAGUGAUUGGGAUUGGGAGUGGAACGGAGCUUUUGAGUCAAAAGGAGUAUUUUGUGACCUUGAGGGUUGUUUUGUCCAACAGGUUAACCCCGACCGACAACUUGCAUCCCAUGGUCGAAAUACUGGUGAAGAGACUUAUGUCUUCAAGAGUGCUGAACUUCAUGCCAUUGCCGCAACUAUGGACAAGCGCCUAUCCAAAGAUCACAACUCUCUCCCGGUUGUCCCUAUCUCUGACUCUUUUCCACUGGCAAGACAAGCAUGCUUCGUUUGUGAGAAGGAAACCACUCACGGAGAUCUUUGCCAUGCUGAUGGGUCACCAUCUUGUCCUCGUUGCCCCAAUAUCAAGACGAAAUCACUUUCAGGGCAGGAUUUACUCAAACAUAUUGGUGCCCAUAUACUCUGCGACGAGGCUUUCAAAGGCGCGAGGAAUCCUUGUGGUUUUUGCUUGAACACUGUUCUGAUGAAAGAACUCUCACGCAGGGAGUUUACCUUGGACUUCAACAAUGAGUUGGAUGACAGCGCCAUCGACAACUUUUCUGCCUCAGAAAGCAAAUCAGAAGGUUCUGAUGACAACGAAGAUCCCAUUGCUAGUGACUCAGAAGCGAUGGCUGGUGCUGUUGAUCCGAUAGCAAUGUCUGACAUCCAGCAAGUCGAUGAGGUUGAUUUGGAAGCACCAGAAAAUGCUGAAGAACUCAAUGUCGAUGAUGAAACUUUGCAAGAACCAGGAGCACGACCUCGUCGCAAGCGUAAUCUGACUAUGGUUGUACAGGAAAUCAUGGCCAAUCAGAUUUGCGCAGAUGAAGGAUGCGAGACAGUAGUUGAGGACCAAGAUUUGCUUUGUUGUGGUGCAUGCAACCUUGUGUAUCACUUAACUUGUCGUGGUCUCGUUGAAAGACCCGCUGGAGGGUGGUUUUGCGAUGAUGACUGCAAGGCGAAUGCUGGAGGUUCCCAGUGUAUUUACCUGUUCACCUCACUGUACCUGAUUUUUUUGAGGUAA